AGAGCAGCCUUUGCCCAGCAGGGAACACCCCCUGCAUAAGCUUUGCUUCCUUUCAAGUGAAGGUGGCGAACAUCCCAGGGCUGAAAUGGAGCUGCUGGGAAUCACAGCCCUUGCUCUUGUGGUUUCUUUGAUUUGCCUUAGUUUGUUUUCAGUGUGGCCAAAAACACGCACAAAGGGAAGACUGCCCCCGGGCCCGACCCCACUUCCCAUUGUUGGGAAUAUACUGCAGUUAAACCUCAAGGACAUGCCUGCAUCUCUUUCCAAGCUGGCCAAAGAGUACGGACCUAUUUACACUCUGUACUUUGGAUCCCGGCCUACUGUGGUCCUACAUGGAUACAAUGUGGUAAAAGAAGCUCUUCUCGACCAAGGUGAUGAAUUUCUCGGGAGAGGACCUUUUCCCAUUGUUGAAGAUAGUCAGAAAGGACAUGGACUACUUUUCAGUAGUGGAGAGAGGUGGAAGGUACUGCGGCGCUUCUCCCUCAUGACCAUGAAGAACUUUGGGAUGGGGAAGAGAAGCCUGGAAGAGAGGGUGCAGGAGGAAGCCCAGUGCCUUGUGGAGGAAUUACGACAAAUGGGAGCUCAGCCCUUUGAUCCCACCUUCAUCCUGGCCUGUGCUCCCUGUAAUGUGAUCUGCUCCAUCCUUUUCAAUGAGCGUUUCCAUUACAAGAAUAAGACACUCCUCACCCUCAUGGACCUUUUAAAUAAAAAUUUUCACCAAGUGAACUCUGUGUGGUGCCAGAUGUACAAUCUAUGGCCAACACUUAUGAAGCAUAUCCCCGGAAAGCACAAGGAAUUUUUAAAAAGACUUGGUGAUGUUAGAAACUUCAUUCUGGAGAAAGUGGAAGAGCACCGGGAGUCCCUGGAUCCCGCUAACCCCCGGGACUACAUUGACUGUUUCCUCAGCAAGAUUGAGGAGGAGAAGCACAACCUGAAAUCUGAAUUUGAUCUGGAGAACUUGGCAAUCUGUGGGUCCAACUUGUUUACAGCAGGCACUGAGACAACCAGUAUUACCCUCCGAUUCGGGAUUCUGCUCCUUGUGAAGUACCCAGAGGUGCAAGCUAAAGUUCAUGAAGAAAUCGAUCGUGUGAUUGGGCACCACCACCCCCCGAGCAUGAAGGACAAAGUGAAGAUGCCCUACACCGAUGCUGUGUUGCAUGAGAUUCAAAGAUACAUCACUCUCCUUCCUUCUAGUCUGCCCCAUGCUGUGGUCAAGGACACGAAAUUCAGACACUAUGUCAUCCCCAAGGGCACUGCUGUGUUCCCGUUACUGUCCUCCAUCUUGUUGGAUCACAAGGAGUUUCCCAACCCAAAGACAUUUGACCCAGGACACUUUCUGGAUAAAAAUGGCUGCUUCAAGAAAACAGACCACUUUGUCCCCUUCUCCCUUGGGAAGCGGUCCUGUGUCGGCGAGAGUCUGGCUCGCAUGGAGCUGUUUCUGUUCUUCACCACCAUUCUGCAAAAGUUUUCCCUAAAGUCUCUGGAGCCUCGGGACCUGGAUAUCAAGCCUGUGGCUACUGGGCUCAUUAAUCUUCCACCACCUUAUAAGUUGUGUCUCAUUCCUAGAUAAGAGUUUGUCCUUUUAAUCCUUUAAAUUGAAAUACUUGGUCCCUUUUUCUUAUUCAUUAAAACCACACGGGCAUUUGUCUCAAUCUACAAAUUCCUUGACAUAGAAGUCUAGGUCCUGAAAGCUCCCGGGACACAAGCCGUGUGUCUGUGUUCCUCGCCUCCUCUGUAAACCAGGCCCCGGCAGAAUGUCACCUGGCCCCAGAAGGCCUUCGUCAGACCCACCAGUCAGCAGCAGGGCUUCUUGUAUGGCUUUGGAAAUGAACAAAUUUUCUGUCACUUUUACAACAGAGAAAUUAAUAUAAUGGCCUACAUACAUUUUUAUAUUCUCACUUCAAAGCAUUUAUAUGAUUUGUAUCACAUCCGCAAAAUAAAUUUUCACCCCAAUGAUAGA